GAAUAUUGAUAUCAUGGACACAUCUUGAAUAGAAUUGGGAGGGGCUGGGGGAGAGUUUUAGCAGAGCCUAACGUUAUUUGAUUCUGUUAUGUCUAAAAGAUAAUCAUUGGAAAAGAUUUAACAAAUAGUAUCUUCCCUCUCCCACCAUUGACACAGGGACCCAACAAUUCCAGUUCUCAGUUGUGACAAAGCAGAAAUUGGUUGGUUGCUUUCAUCAGAUGUAGCAAAUUGAAGUCUGUACAAAUGAAAUUGAAAAUGAAGGUUUGAUGCAAAACAGGAUUCACACUUGCUGUUCUCACCAUUGCUUGGAAUUUUGUCUGUGCCUAAUAUUCAGGGUUUCAGCAGACAGCAGACAAGUGCUUCAUUUGUGGCCAUCUCAUAAUGGAAAUGAUUUUGCAAGCUCUUGGGAAGUCAUACCAUCCUGGCUGUUUCCGCUGUGUGGUGUGCAAUGAAUGUCUGGAUGGCAUACCCUUCACUGUAGAUGUGGAGAACAAUAUUUACUGUGUCAAAGACUAUCACACGGUUUUUGCACCCAAGUGUGCGUCCUGUAACCAGCCUAUUUUGCCAGCCCAGGGUUCUGAAGAGACCAUCCGGGUGGUGUCAAUGGACAGGGAUUACCACGUGGAAUGUUACCACUGCGAGGAUUGCGGACUCCAGCUGAAUGACGAGGAAGGCCGUCGAUGCUAUCCAUUAGAGAGACACCUGCUCUGCCACGCCUGUCAUAUUAGGCGCUUGGGCACUAAAGUGUCAGCACACUCUUCCCCUGGGUACCCCAUGCAUAUCACUGAACUCUGAGGCUUCCACUUCCCAUCUACUCAAGACCAGGAGGAAGACAACUUGCUGGGAAAAGAGCUCAACAAAAGACUUUCUAGAAAAACAAAGCAGCCACAAUUAUUUAUUACUUCUAAGAUUGGGAAGGAGGGGGCACCUCUUUGGGUCUGUGUACAAUUUGCCUAAGUAAUUCUUUCCAAGACGCUGGUACUUGAAAAGUGAUGCACCUCAUGGAUUGGAUGGCAAAGGGGUUAGGGUUAGGGAUGUCAGAGCUGUUGGGAUGACUGGCCCUCCAUUAAUAUGGGCUUGCUUCCGUUUUUACUGUUGAUUGUUUGAGCUCCCAGAAGAAUCUUAAUCUUCCCAACAGGAAAGAGACCAAAAAUGCUUUUACUGUUUUUUAGGUCUCCUUGCACCCUGACCUUGUGGUUCUCAUAAUUUGAGGGGCACAAUGGUUGCAUGAGUGAAAAGAUUGAUGGCCAGAUUGAAUGUGACUUAAAAGAAACAACUGACAACAGUGUGGGUGAUACCUGCUGGCUUUCCACCCUGUUCUUUUAUUGGGUUUCUGUGCAAAACAAGAACAAAAGAGUAUGCAAGACAUUAUGUGCAGGAAGCCCACUGGGUUUUUUCUUAAUGAAAGCAUGGAGAGCAUUCCUAUUCCAGGAUAUGUCAGACAUGGUUCAUAGUUUUUUGGCAAGGGUGUGAGGCUUCUUGUGCCUGUUUACCUGUUUCCAGGUGGGGGCAGGACACGUGCACAAUGAAGGUGAAAGCUGCAGGGCUGUUUGGGAAGACAGGCUACCUCAUAACUUUCUGGGGUCUGCCAGGCAGCAAUUGUGUGCAGAGGGCUCUUGCUGAAAUCAGCAUUGCAGGUGGGGAGAAAGGGCGAAGCUUCACCUUUCCCAAUCCUUAGUUUUUCCUUAGAAUUCUUCAAAAGUUGCACCUCAGUUGCCAAUCUUAAUGUGUCAGAAUGGGAAAAUUUUAAGUACAUAUACACUUAUUCAUUAAAUUUAAUUAAUUCAGAUUUGAAUUAAGUCAAUUUGUUUCUGUCCUAACCCCAUUCAUUUCUUUGGACCUGCCGCCACUCAUUUUUGAAGGGAAUCUUCCCAGCACCCCAAAACUCAGAUGUAGCCUGGAGCCCCAAAACAAUUCUGCUCCCUGCUAUCAAUGGCAGCAGAAAUGACCAGGGCUGAGGUCCUUGAGGCUACCUGCAGGGGCUCCAUUGGCCAUUCUUCUUUCCUGAAUACGGGGGAAACAGCUUCUUGGUCUUGAUCCACCUGGUGACUGUGCAGGCAAAGAAUCAGGCUCUCUUUUGUCAAGAUCUUUCUCAAAUGUCACUUCCAUGCAUUUUUGGCACUUCUCAAAGUCACCUAUUUUGAAACUGAUUUCUCCUAAUAACUUUAGCCUGGAGUGUCUACAGAAAAGAUAAAAAAAAACUCAAGAUGGUGAUUCCAGUUGAGUGAUUAUAGCCACCAUCUUGACUUUUUUGACAUCCCGCCGCCGCCACCUUGGGUGCCCCGACUAUGGCAAAUGUACACUAUGCCAUCCCCUUUCUUUCAGUUAAGGGGGUGGCAGUUCUGUGGUGUGACUUCAGUUGCAGACAUGUUUCUUCUAGAGGUGUUUUUGAGACAGUCGCUUCACACUAUUGGUUUUUUUAACGAAUUGGUUAUAAUCCAGCUUUGAAGGCCAAGCGACACCCACUGCGCUUGAGUCCGCACCACUUGGGCGUAUUGCUUUCGUGGCUUCUCGACCGCCACAAAGCAGUUUUUCAGCUGGCUCACGGAGCGGCUUUGAAAGCCCCGGGAGAUGGUCGCCCUUUUCCCGGGCCUCUGGAGGCAAGAAACUGGCUCAGACAGGUAGCAAGGAAGGAAUGAGCUAAUUUGGAGCAUUUUGCAUUUUGAACACACAAACCUGCAAAACAGCCUCAAAUUUGGAAUAAAAAAAAAAAAGGUUAUAUAUAGCCUUUUGGCAUGUUGACCUAUAGCUUGUCUGGGUUUUCUUGAAAACUUAGCAAAAUUUAAAACAUUAGAUAUGAAAUGAUGUAUUGUUAAGAAAUGUUAGAAGACUUAUGCUUCUAUUUUGGCUAAGUUUUUAAAGCACACUCCCAACUCUCUAUUCCACAUGAAAAAAAUUUAGUUUUUCUAUUAAAAAAAUAAGCUACCUUUUGAUUAUUUGAGUUGAAGAGUUAUGUAAUUAAAGUGGACAGCAUCAUUUUAGGCUUGUUCAGCCGCGUUGUAUUAAUUCCUUGCAUACAUUGGCCCUCAAUGGUUUUAGCUUGCUACUUCUGAUAAAACCAACUGGACCAGGUCUUGGUGGUCAGAAAGCUGUGGGUGCUCCAGUAACUCCAGUGAAAGUAUGCCUUGGGAAUCAGGUGAAAAUAACAGUGUUAAAUCUGUUUGAAAACUCUAAAAGAGACCCCAAUAGGAGAGCAGCAGCAUUUUCCACAGCAGUUCAGGCUGAAUUUCCCCAAAGUAUCCAAAGAGUCCUGCCAGCCGUAGCAGGAACGUUUUCUAUCCUAAAGUACUGAGAAGGGUGAAGAAUCUUCAUGGCGAGUCAGCACAAAAGGAAUGUACGUAGUUCCUUCCAAAUGUGCAUGUGAGCAUGUUGGGGCCCAUUGGAAAGAAACCUCCCCCCCAUAUCCCGUCAGAUCGGCCCUUUUAAGGCUGUUCCAGAUGCUUCCUUCUGCUUUUCCAUGUUUUGAAGUUUGCAGAAAAUCCACACUGUAAUUUUCACAUAAUUUGUUUUGAGUUUUACUGUAAAGAAACCUACCGCCCAUUCCCAAACCACCUCCUCUCACAGAUGGCUUUCUCAUUCCUUCUCCCUUGUCCAGCUUUGUGUACUGUCUGCUCUUCUGGAUCAGAGUCGAUUCAGCUUCAAACAAAUUUCCAGGUUGACGUGUAAACCUAGGACUGAAGAAAGUACCUCCCUCAUUCCUCUGCUGUUGAGUUUUUAGCAUCUUGAUUUAAUGGCAAACUUGUCUGUGCCUUAAAUUUCAGCAAAUAGCAUAACAUCUAAAAUAUCUAAAAUAUUUACACAUGGUACUGUUUCUCAAACUUGUUACCAGGCUAUUUAUUUCACUUGUUUAAAAUAUUUUAGAUUACCUUUACAUAUUUAAAUAGAUUUGUCAAACUGCCUGAUUUCUUUCAUCAACAUUUUGCUGUUUUAAUUUUUAUUUUUCCCCCAUCACCAAAAUCUGAUCACAGCUCAGAGUUCUGCUGUCUUUCCAAUCAAUGCCUUUUUCCAUAUUAAAAACACUGUCUUUAAAGAGAAAACAGCUAGAAAGUGUCAUGCAGCAAAAAUAAACUCAAUUCUGCAAUGUGAAGCCUGCUACCUCCCAUUAAUAGUUGCUGAAUGGUGGAGCCCAGUGCCUGUCAACUGGCAGGCUGGCCAUGCGCCACAGCAGCAUGCUUGCUUUGCCCACCGGGCAUCUCUUGCUGAACGCACGAGGGAGGGGGCUUCUCUGCCAGAAUCUGCCAGGGGAAGCUGCCUGUCAGCCUUUCUCAUCAGCAGAGUGCCCUCUGGCUGGUACCUAAGGACGAUGGGUGCUGCACCCUCGGGGACGCAAGAUUGUGGACAGCUGCAAAGACAACACUGGAAGUUAAGUGCCACCUCUACGUUUACUUCAGAAGAGUUUUGGCUCCACAGGGAUGAAGUGCUUUUAACAUUUGUGCCAAAAUAUUAUUUAUGGGAGAUUUGUCCUCUCUCUCUCUCAUUUCACUGAUUCAUAUGUGCAUGGGUGAGGAACCAGAGAUUCUCUUCAGUUCAUUUUGUGGAAAGUGCACUUAAUGAAAAAACAGUAAAUGUAUUUGGAAGACCCAUCCUGCCCCAUAAUGUAAGAUUCCAAAGGAGAUUGAAGUAGUUAAGGAUGGGGAAAUAGUUGUUUCAAAACAAGAGGGUGCAUGUUUUAUAAUUUAUAAAUGAUAAAAUUGCAAAAAUUGAUGGGAGAACUCCAUUGAGUUUAACUAAAACUCUAAAGAAGGCAAACAAGUCUUUUCUUAGGCCCCAAUAAACUUCUGUGAUUCAAUAUGCAACUAAUGCCACAACUAGAGUAUAUAAUUUGACUUAAAUUAAGUUUUUUUCUUGAGAAAUAUUUGCAUUUUUCUUUAAAAGAAUAUAGUUUUUUUCCAAGAACUUGGACCAAUGUUAAUUUUUAUUUUGUAGGAAAUAUAUAAAUGCCCAAUUUGUAUAUUAUGUGUCUAGUUUAAAUCUGCAAAUAUAUUAGUUUAACCAUGUUUGUAUAUAUCUUUCUAAAACUUCAGUUUUUUAGUUCAUAGAGAGACUUGUCGGGGUUUUUGUAUGGCCACUUGGUUUCCGUGAUUGUUGAAGAAUAAACAUUGGGAAAUGUAGAUUUAUUUAUCUAAAAAAGCUUACUGUCAUCCUAAGUUAUUUUAAUAUUAAAAGUCAGAAUUUCAUUUAACCUUAGAUGUUAUAAUCUGCUUUUUUCAAU